AUGACCGGAAUCACCGCUUCAGUCACUGCCAGUCAGCGGGCGACGGCGAAAGCUAUCCCCGUCAGUCCCAUCACUUCAGCUCCCAUCCUAACCCACCAGCGCGACUUGAUCAAAAGGUCCGAUACGGACACAGUCGAGGAUAACACGUGUGGAUGGGUCAAUGGUGAUCUCAACACCCCUCUGGUCUGCGACUACCAAGCCUGCCUUUGGUCUCCUGAACUCCAUGCCGUCGGCUGUUGUGCGGACGCAGCAACGACAGAUUGCGCCUGGGUGACCUCCUGUGUGCCUUAUUCCAUGGUGAAUAAUGGCUGUGAUAUGGCCUGUCAAGGGAACUAUCUCAAUACUGUUUGUGAUGAAGACUAUUCCCUUUGCGCGACGGCGACUUUCGGUGGUCCAGCGGGCUACACGUAUCUCAGCUGCACAGAUACCAUCGGCACAACGGACACGAUGAUGCUCACGUACUAUGGCGGAAACGCGACGAUUGAGAAUCUACCCAGAUACUUCUCCAGUUACUGGUACGGAAGCACUGCUACCCCAACUUCGGACUCGACCUCGACCUCGACCUCGACCUCGACCUCGACCUCCUCCCCGGGCAACGAUGGCGCAGGCGUUGAUGAUACCGUAUCUUGGAUCUCCGCACACAAGGCAAUACUCAUCGGGGCCAUUGCCGGCUUCUGCGGAUUAGUCCUCCUUCUAUUCAUCGGUUGCUGUGUCCUGCGCAGCAAAAGAUCCACCAAACGAGGACGGUACGCACCGGCAAGUCAGCAGAUGCCCCCGCAGGAGGGAUAUGGGAUGCACUACCAGGGAGCAGCGGGAUAUCAGAGACCUCCUUCGUAUCAACCAGAUUAUGGAUAUCGGCAAGAAUAUGGUCAGGUGUACGUCGUCCCGAAUAAGUGA